AUGAUCAGUGUUGGAUCCUGUGAGUGCACAAAAUCCGAACUGGAACUAUUUUCCCUCCCACCAACGCUGACUAGCAUUGAAAAAGCGCAGCAUGUUGAAUAUCUACCUUUGGGGUCAUUAGAUGAUGAUACGCCAAUAGAAUUUUUCAUCUCUAAUCGUGGUGAUGAGUACAUCGAUUUGGCUAAAACGUACCUUUAUCUGGAGGUGAAAGUCACCAAAAGCGAUGGCACUAACUUGGAUGAAAAUGAAAAGGUUGGACCAGUCAACUAUUUUUUUCAUUCCUUAUUUAGUCAGAUUGACCUGUCAUUAAAUGGUCAAUUAGUCACGUCCUCUAACAACACUUACCCAUACAGAGCCUACAUAGAAACCUUAUUAUCGUACGGUCUAGAGGCAAAGAGGAGUCAGCUACAAUCGGCACUUUGGUUUGCCGAUGACCCUGGCAAAUUUGAGAAAAACGACCCAGCCGGAGCAGACACUAAUGGCGGUUUCAAAACAAGAGCAAAAUUUAUAGCGAAAAGCAGACAGUUAGACAUGUUUGGAAGGUUACACCUUGAUUUAUGUCAUCAGAGUCGUUACUUGCUGAAUGGUGUAGAUUUGAAAUUAAGAUUGAAUCGUACAAAGAAUAAUUUCAACCUCAUGUCUGAUGUAGGCACUGAAGUGACAAAAAUAAAGAAAGCUGUUCUUCUUGUUCAACAAGUCAAGCCUAACCCUGCUGUAUUAACCGCCCAUGCAAAAGCUCUUAAUACCAGUAAUGCUAAGUACCCCAUUAGAAGAGUUGAGGUGAAAACAUUCUCAGUUAAUGCGGGCACGCAAACUGUGACUCGAGAUAAUGUAUAUUUAGGUCAAGUACCAAGGCGAGUAAUUGUUUUCAUGACAGAUAAUGCUGCAUUGGUGGGUGCAAAGAAUAAAAAUCCAUUCAAUCUUAAACACAAUAAUCUUAAUUUCAUAAGCGUUGAAGCAAAUAGUCGCACAUAUCCUGCACAACCAUUGACACCAUCUUUUGGAACAAAUAAUAGAUACAUCAGAUCAUACAUGACAUUGUUUACAGAUACUGGAAAGGUUCACGACGAUAUUGGCAACGAUAUUACAAGAGAAAGUUUCAGAAAAGGGUACAGUCUUUGGGUUUUUGACUUGUCACCAGAUAAAGAGGAUGGUGAUCAUGUUCAUCUAGUAAAAGAGGGAAACCUUCGACUAGAUCUGAAAUUUGAGGAGGCUUUGACAGAAACUACAUCCGUUUAUGUCUAUGCCGAAUUCGAUAACGUAAUAGAAAUUGAUCGUGCAAGAAAUAUCAUCAAGGAUUUCCAAUGA